AUGAAUCCUCCUGAAACGAGACCAAAUAUCAUCCGGGACGAAGAUUUUUAUUUACAACACUCAAUAUUCUUGGUCGAAAACCGACUUUUCAAAGUGCCUAUUCUCCAUCUGGUCGAGGAGUCGGAUGUUUUUCGAACUAUGUUUCAACUUCCUCAGGCAUCCAACUCUGAUACCUUAGUUGAUGGAAUGACAGAUGAAAGGCCAAUUGUUUUACAGGGUGUCAAGAGCGAUGAUUUCAAACAGUUCCUCCGCGUUGUAUAUGCUAGAAGACCGCUGGAAUACGAUGCCUUGACUCUGGACCAGUGGGGCUCUGUCCUUGAACUAUCUUCUAAAUGGGACAUGGAGGGUAUAAGAAAAAUGGUCAUAAGGAACAUGACACCCUUAUUGGCCAAUGAUUCGCAUAACCUUGUCGUGUGGGGAUCAAAAUUUAGCGUCAUGGGAUGGAUAUCCGACGGCCUUGUUGCACUUGUCAAUCGUCUCGACCCCAUGACCGAGACUGAUGUUGCAAAAGUUGGAUUAUCGAUCGUCAUGAAAAUUGCGGCCAUCAGAGAAGGUGCUAAAGCUCGAGAGGUCAUUGAGUACCAGGGUCUGAACUCGUUUGUCAACCGAAGAACUGUAAAAGAAAAAACCGCUCCAGAGACCGAGGAACAAAUCCGAACCAUGUUGCUUGCGAUCUUGAAUGGAAGUUCUGCAAAGCCAAGUUAA